GCAUGCUCCAGCUUGGCACAGCAAAAAGUGCGUACCGUGCUGCGCUUGAAGGUACGACGGCCACAGAACUGUGCGCUUGCUUCAUCAAAUUACCAAAGGCGACGCGCCCACGCCCCACGACCGGUAGCGGUGCUGAGUUCACAGCACUGUCAGUGCCUCCCUGCCAGCUCGAAGCACAUUCGGCCAUGCUCGCAGCGCGGCGCCUGGCGGCCCGCGUGGCGCCCGCAAGACAAACGCAAGCCAUCCAGCGCCGCCGCUUCUUCCUCUUCGGGAGCGGCAACAACGCGCCGAAGGGCUUCGGACAUUUUUACCCGAAAGGCAAAACGACGACCAAAGGCACCGGUAGCAAAAAGACAAGCGGGGGCGCCAAGGCCUCGUCCACGAAGAAGAGUAGUUCAGGUGGAGGUGGUGAUCCAGGUGGCGGCCUGCCUCCAGACGGGAUUCCGAGGAUCGUCUCCGCGCUAGCAGCAAUAGGCCUGGGGGUCGUCUGGCUCUCGAGCCGCGAGAACCAGGGCACGGAGAUCAACUGGCAGGAGUUCGCCACCGUGUUGUUGGAGUCCGGAGAAGUGGACAGGAUCAUCGUGACGAACAGCAAGGUAGCAGAAGUUUUGCUGCGGCCCAACGCAUCUGUUUCGUUAUCUAAGAGGGAGGAGAAGACCGAUGAAUUGAGGGAUCCCUACGCCUGGGAUUCCCAGCAGCAACCGCCCCAAGAGCAGCCGAAGACGCGGUACCCGCGCAUCGGGUCGAGCGGUCCGCAGCAGGCGCCUUCCUAUCAUUUUGCGAUCGGGUCCGUGGAAAUUUUUGAGAGGAAGCUCGAGGCGGCCCAACGGCAGUUGGGCAUCGAGCCGCGGGAUUUUGUUCCGGUCCAGUACGUCUCGGAGACGAACUGGGCCGCGGAAGGGGCGAAAUUCUUACCUACUCUGCUCAUUAUCGGGGCCUGGUUGUAUGUGAUGAGAUCAGUAGGCGGCGGCGGUGGAUCGGGUGGAGGUGGCGGCAUGUCGAACAUCUUCCGCAUCGGCCAGAGCAAGGCCAAGAAGAUCAAGAAGGAAGACGUGAACGUCACCUACGCCGACGUCGCGGGCUGCGACGAGGCGAAGAAGGAAGUGAUGGAAUUUGUGGAGUUUUUGAAGGAACCAGAUAGAUUUACGAAGCUCGGCGCGAAGAUCCCGAAGGGCGCUCUGUUGUGCGGUCCUCCUGGGACCGGUAAAACAUUACUCGCGAAGGCCACGGCGGGCGAGGCGAACGUGCCCUUCUACUCCAUUUCCGGCUCGGAAUUUGUGGAGAUGUUCGUGGGCGUGGGUCCGUCGCGCGUCCGCGACUUAUUCAAGGAGGCGCGCCAGAACCAGCCCUGCAUGAUCUUUAUCGAUGAGAUCGAUGCGGUGGGACGGCAGCGGGGGCGCGGUGGGUUCGCGGGCGGCAACGACGAGCGGGAAAAUACGUUAAAUCAGUUGUUGGUCGAGAUGGACGGCUUCACGGAGAGUGGAGGCGACAAUAAGGUCGUUGUCUUGGCGGGUACGAACCGAGCCGAUGUCUUAGACAAAGCGCUCACAAGACCAGGCAGAUUUGAUCGACAGAUAACCGUGGGAGUCCCGGACAUCAAGGGCCGAAAAGAAAUAUUCUUAGUACAUCUGAAGGGUUUAAAUUUAGAUGGACCGGGCGAGGAGUUCGCCGGGAGACUGGCCGGCCUGACGCCCGGGUUCGCGGGCGCCGAGAUCCAGAACGUAUGUAACGAAGCCGCGAUCGUCGCGGCCCGACGAGCGGCCGACGCCAUCUCCUACAAGGACUUCGAGGUGGCCGCCGAUCGGGUGUUGGCGGGUCUCGAGUCGAAUAAGAUCAUGACGCCGGAGGAGAAGAGAAUUGUCGCGUUCCACGAGGCCGGUCACGCGGUGAGUGGGUGGUUCCUGGAGCACGCCGAUCCUCUUCUUAAAGUCACCAUAGUACCGAGAGGGAGUGGUGCUCUGGGAUUCGCCCAGUACCUGCCCAAGGAAGUUGCGUUACGAAACCGAGCGCAGAUCGUCGACGUGAUCUGCAUGGCUCUCGGGGGACGGGCCGCCGAGCAAUUGACCUUCGGUUCCGUCACAAACGGUGCGUCGGAUGAUCUGCGACGCGUGACGCAGAUGGCCUACGGGAUGAUUCGGGAUUACGGUAUGAGCGACAACGAGCGCAUCGGGCAAUUGGCCUUUCCGAAGUCCGACGAGCCCUUCGAGCAGCGACCAUACUCGGAAGCGACGGCGCAGGCCAUGGACGAGGAGGCGAAGAAGAUCGUGGAUGAUGCCUACGCUCGGGUGCUGUCAUUGCUGGGCGAGAAGCAGGCGCAACUGCAAGCUCUGGCUGAACUACUCGUCGAGAAGGAGACGAUCAACCACGACGACAUCGUCGAGUGCCUCGGCAAGCGGCCCUUCGAGACGAACAAACAGUACGAGGAGUUCAUCACGGCGCGCGCGGAGACCGCUGUUGCGCCGGAGGACGCCGCCGAGGAGGCGCCCGAGGGGGAGAAGGUGGACAAGGUGCCCCCGCUGUCGCCCGCAUAACUACUUUCGCUUGUGAA